AUGGCCGCCGCUGUUCAAUACCCAGCCCAAACUGCUGUUCCAUUCGCCUACGUCCACCCAGGCGCUUGCCACGCCGACGCCAAGGCUGACGCCGAGCACCUCAGAAAGGCCAUGAAGGGAAUGGGCACUGAUGAGAAGGUUCUGAUUUCGAUCCUUGGAAACCGUAACUGGGAGGAGCGUGCCGCUAUCAUCAAGGCCUACUCUGUUCACGUUGGCCGUGACCUCAUCAAGGACAUCAAGUCUGAGACCUCGGGCAACUUUGAGAAGAUCUGUGUGGCCCUCUUGACCGACCCAGCCGUCUACGACGCUGAGAACCUGUUUGGCGCCAUGAAGGGAAUCGGCACCAACGAGAACACCAUCACCGAGAUCCUCGUCACCAGAUGCAACGCCCAGAAGCACCUGAUCAGCAACAUCUUCAACUCGGAGCACCACAAGACCCUCAAGCACUGGAUCCAGUCAGAGGUCUCUGGUGACUACAAGAACUUCUGUGAGCACCUCUUGGAGGGCCGUGACGAGUCGAUGAUCGUCGACGCUGCCAUGGCCACCAAGGAUGCCGACGCACUCUACCACGCCGGCGAGGGCAAGAUCGGCACUGACGAGAAGACCUUCAUCCACAUCAUGACCCGUCGCAACUUCCUCCAGAUCCGCGAGAUUGCCCGUGUCUACCCAACCAUGCACAAGCACCACUCCUUGGAGAAGGCCAUCGAGAGCGAGUUCUCUGGCGACGUCAAGAACGGUCUCCUCGCCAUUCUGCACUUUGCCAACGACUCAUUCGGCUACUUUGCCGAGGUUCUGCACAAGUCGAUGGAGGGUGCCGGCACCAACGACAACAAGUUGAUCCGUAACGUCCUCUAUUGCAUGCCAUUCAUCCAGCACGUCAAGCAGAUCUACUUGACCAAGUACGGCAAGACCCUGCACUAUGCCAUCUCCAACGAUUGCUCAGGCGACUACAAGAAGUUGCUUUUGGAGAUCGUCAAGCCAUAA